CCUCUGACGCGCGUGCCUGGCAGUUGCCCCCUCUUCUAUUGGUGUCGCUUGUUAUUUGGCUCCAAGGGGCUCUCACCGAGAAGAGGAAUGUCCUCAGGUGCCGGGCAGGCCCCCAAUGCUGAGCUGAGCUGGACAGCUGCCCUGCUCAAGUUCUUGGAGCUGGUGAAAUAUGAGAACCUGGUAGCUGGUAUCAGCGGCGGGGUGGUCUCUACGCUGGCGUUGCAUCCGCUCGAUCUGGUCAAGAUCAGGUUCGCAGUGAGUGAUGGGUUGCAGAUGAGGCCAAAAUACAAUGGAAUUGUUCAUUGUGUCAGAAGUAUCUGGAAACAGGAAGGAAUUAGAGGCCUUUACCAAGGAGUAACCCCAAAUAUCUGGGGUGCAGGUUUAUCUUGGGGAUUAUACUUCUUCUUAUAUUCAGCAUAUUUGGCUUAUACAAUUAAUGGUAGGGCCUCAGGCAUUGUUAACACCCUGCACAUCAUGUACAUGUAUUUUUCAGGUGCAGUGACGCUGUGUAUUACAAAUCCAAUUUGGGUAACGAAGACUCGGUUAGUCCUGCAGUAUGAUGCAGGGAUUGAUCCAUCAAAGAAACAGUACAGAGGCAUGGUGCAUGCCCUUUUGAAAAUAUAUCAGAAUGAAGGUGUUCGUGGACUCUACAAGGGAUUUGUGCCUGGCCUUUUUGGUACAUCACAUGGUGCUCUUCAGUUUAUGGCUUAUGAAGAACUAAAGAAAGAAUACAGCUUUCAUAAAAAUGUGGCAGUAGAUGCAAAAUUGAAUCCCUUAGAAUAUGUAACAAUGGCAGCAUUAUCCAAAGUUUUUGCUGUAACAGCAACAUAUCCAUACCAAGUAGUGCGUGCUCGGCUACAGGAUCAGCAUACCCAGUAUUCUGGAGUAAUGAAUGCUAUAGGAAGAACAUGGAGGAAUGAAGGAGUUCAUGGAUUUUAUAAAGGAGUUGUUCCAAAUGUGCUUAAAGUGACACCUGCAUGUUGCAUCACAUUUCUGGUAUAUGAGAAUGUAUCUCAAUUUUUACUUAGUUUCCGUCAGUGCUGAACUUUGGACUGUUUGUCAGCAUUUGAAUCACCGAGACUUAUCAUUUCACCAACCAAAACUGCAGGCAUGAGAAGAUGAUCAAAUACUAUCUAGUUAACACUUUCAGCUUCCUACUGUCUUUCCCACCCCCUCCCCCAAGCUGUAGUAGUAUUUCUAAAUACUGGUCUUAAAAAUAUUAUUUAUUUUAUUUCAUAUUGUAUAAGUUUGCAUAGCCAGCAGAUAUUGUUAAAAGUUCAAUCUCUUUAAUUUAUGACAUGAGUAGAUAUAAUUGGCAUUUAUUGUCCAUCCUCAAAUUCAAAGGUAAACUUCUGAGUAUCAGAUGUUACCUCUGUAAAAUGCUUAAUACUUAACAUUUUACUUUAUAAAGAAUUCAAUUUCUAGAAACUAAAAUCAGCAAAUUACACAGCAAUUGAUGUCAAGUUGAAUUGAUAGUGGUUUUGUGUUCUUGCAAUGGUCUUUUGUAAUAAAGUACAUUUGUUAUAAUAAUGCACUUUUAAUGGAGAUUUAUAUGUUUGCUUAAUAAAUUAUUAGAAGUUAAUUAUGAUUAAAUGGGGAAAGUUUAUGUACUGUAUUCUGGAAAAUUUACAAGCCUGUAUAUGAAUGUAAUGUAAUCCUGCUAAAUCUGUAUAAUGUGGUGAACUUUCCACCAAGUGGCAGAGCUAAAUAAAGAAGUUAAUUUUUGGGCCUGUGUAAUUACAUCUACAUUACAAAGGAAUGAAGCUUAGAGUCUGAGUAUCCGGUGUUGAUGGUUUUCAGCUCCCAAAUUAUAAUUUUAAGAAUUCAUACAUUGAAGCUUAUUCCUGCCUAAAAUACUUAUUUAAUUCCUGGUCUGAAAUGAGUAGCAUUAAAUGCACUAAUGGAUAAUCCUUUUGAAUCAAAUACAAAUGUUUAAGAUGUAUGAACAGGUUCAUGUAGAAUAAAUCUUAACAUUUAAACUGCUACUUGUGUUGUCA